UUUAAGUAGAAUUUACAUAAUUAUUUUUAGUAAGAUGUGAGUAACCUGCAAGACAAAGUUUUGACAAGAGAUCAGUACAGAGUAUUGUCAGGAUCAUGAAAUGCCUGUGUGAGGAAAGUGUAAGGCAGACCAGCAUUAUCAGUGUAAAGUUGAGCAGAUAAGAAGCUCUCAGCAAUUGGAAUAUCAAGUUCAAAGUUUGGAUAGAUUGAUAGAAAUUACUCAGAGACACUAUGAAGAUUUUUAUAUUGAAGAAAGAUGACCCAAGUUCAUAGAGGCCAUUAAUGGAAUUAAAGCUAGUUUUGUUAUAGAAAAGAAGAAAGUAUGAGAAGCAAUUAAUGGUGGACAUUUCUUGGAUUUUAAAGACUGUGAAAUCCAAUUAAAUAAGAUUCGAAAAGAAUUCAGUUUGGACACAGUUAUAAUGGAUGUAAUGAGCUAUUCAUAUCAGCAACUCAUUCUUAAGAAGGGCUUAAAUGAGGAGUCAAAUCUCAAUGCAAUUCCAAAAGCAUCUUUCAAAGAAGGAAUAAUACUCAAUCAAGAUACAAAUCCUGAAGAAGCCCCUAAUAAGCAGAAUAAGAAUGAAGAGACAAAAUAUGAAGAUACUAUGAAGGAGGUGACUUACAGUGAAGAUUCUUCAAUGAAAGAGACUGAAGUAGGAGAGACUCAGACAGGAGAAAAUAAGACUGAGGAUAUAAAAUUUAAAGAAUUCUCCACUGAAAUUAUUAAGAAUGGAGAGAAAAAAGAGGAUAGAGUUGAAAAUGAGAUUUUAAGCCAGUUCCACAGCUCUGACAAAAAUAUUACUAAAAAUGAAGAAAUUAAAUCUGAAAAUUUCUGAAGCAAUCCAACUCUCUCAGCAACUCCAUUGUGCAAUGAUGAGAAUCUUGGUAUGUCUCCUCAAAUGAAGGGAGCCUUUAUAUCUAAUAGAACUAAGAAAAAGUCUAUUAAAGGCAGGAAGGCUAGAAAACUAAAUAAAAGAAAAUUCAAGAAAAAAUUACAAUGCCUCUACUAACUAAACAAUAACCCCAGUGAAAUCCAAAUAAUCUCCCAAUUCAGUUC